CUCCCAGGGACUCGCCAUCAUGAGCAGCACCUUAGCGGAGAUCGUGGAGAUAGAAGCCGAGAUGGCUCGGACUCAAAAGAACAAGGCCACAGCACACCACCUAGGGCUGCUUAAGGCUCGCCUUGCUAAGCUUCGUACAGAACUCAUUACCCCAAAAGGUGGUGGUGGUGGUGGGCCAGGAGAGCUCCUGGAUCUUCCAGGUAUCAUUGAGGGUGCCAAGGAUGGGAAAGGUAGAGGCCGUCAAGUCAUUGCAGUGGCCCGAACAUGUAACUUGAUCCUGAUUGUUCUGGAUGUCCUGAAACCCUUGGGACAUAAAAAGAUAAUUGAAAAUGAGCCGGAAGGCUUUGGCAUUCAUUUGAACAGCAAACCCCCCAACAUUGGCUUUAAGAAGAAGGAUAAAGGAGGCAUUAAUCUCACGGCCACUUGCCCUCAGAGUGAGCUGGAUGCUGAGACUGUGAAGAGCAUUCUGGCUGAAUACAAAAUUCACAAUACUGAUGUGAUGCUGCGUAGUGAUGCGACAGCAGACGACCUCAUCGAUGUGGUGGAAGGAAACAGAGUUUAUAUCCCUUGUAUCUAUGUGUUGAAUAAGAUUGAUCAGAUCUCCAUUGAGGAAUUGGCUAUCAUUUAUAAGGUGCUUCACUGUGUACCCAUUUCUGCCCAUCACCGCUGGAAUUUUGAUGACCUAUUGGAAAAGAUCUGGGACUAUCUGAAACUAGUGAGGAUUUACACCAAACUCAAAGGCCAGUUGCCUGAUUACACAUCUCCAGUGGUGCUGCCUUAUUCCAGGACUACAGUGGAGGAUUUCUGCAUGAAGAUUCAUAAAAAUCUUAUCAAAGAAUUUAAAUACGCUUUGGUCUGGGGUCUGUCUGUGAAACAUAAUCCUCAAAAAGUGGGUAAAGACCAUACGUUGGAGGAAGAGGAUAUUAUUCAGAUUGUGAAGAAGUGAAACCUUCCCUUCUGC